UAUAUAUAUGUAAGAGAGUGGAAGGAGCAGAGGGAGAGAGAGCGCUGCCAUCCUAUUUGGACUUCUCACGCUGCCCAAUGUUGGUCUGGUUACCCCUGGAUAUGUUGCUGGUUUCCAUUUGGAAUUUGACGACGACAAGACGGAGGAUAUAAACCCCCGGGGAGGUGUGCAAGGUGUUGUUUAUGGCCACAGGAGGGAGCUCAAAUCCAGAUAUGGGAGGAUUGGCUUGAUUUCAGAUCCUGAGCCUCUUAAACUCUCACUUUUCCACUAAGCUGGUCCCUGUUAUGUCCAGGAUCUGGCACCUGCUUGACAUUUACUUUGAGUUCCAGAGGACCAGAGACCUAGGAUGAGGAGCAUUGGAUCUGCCCUGAACCUGCUUUUGGUAUCGCCACUCUACUUUGUGUGGACCGUGGUUGCUCUGGACCUGGCACAAGCACCCUGCACCACUUUGGUCCAGGGGAAAUUCUUUGGAUAUUUCUCCUCCUUUGCUGUCUUCCCAUUGAACUCCUCUCUCUGCUCUUGGAUUAUCCAGAACCCUGACCCUCGGAGAUACACCUUGUACAUGAAGAUCCUGAAACCUACCAGCGUAUGUGACCACCAGCACAUCCGCACCUACCAGUUUGACUCCUUCCUGGAGUCCACCCGCACCUACCUGGGCAUGGAGAGCUUUGAUGAUGUGUUGAAGCUCUGUGAUGGGUCCACCCGCUACGCCUUCCUCCAGUCCAACAAGCAGUUCCUCCAGAUGAAACAGACCACACCACCAGGGCUGGAGAGCGGGCCCGUGCGAUGGAAGCCCACGAAGGCUCAGGAGAGGGACUUCUCAGUGGAGUACCUAGUGGUGGGCAACAGGAACCCUAGCAAAGCCGCUUGCCAGAUGCUCUGCAAGUGGCUGGACGCGUGCUUGGCCAUCAGCAGCAGCUCCCACCCAUGUGGCAUUAUGCAGACUCCAUGCUCGUGCUCAGGAGGCGAGGUCCUAGAUCAGGCCAGCGAGAUUCCGGGGUUCACAAAGAAGAAGGAAGACUGCUAUAAGGAUGGGAUUUACUUGGAGAACUGCAUGAGCAGCCCAAAGGACAGCAGUGGCGUGGAGUCCCUGGGUGGCUGGAAACCGUGGUCGGCUUGGGGCGACUGCACCAAGGACUGCGGGGGAGGCUUGCAGACCCGCAUGCGCACCUGCAAGCCCCUUCCCAACGAAGGCCUUGCCUGCGUGGGCGUCCUGGAGGAAGGAAGACUGUGCAAUAGGAAAGCGUGCAAUACCAAUGGACGCUAUAAUUCCAGAAGCCAAUCGCUGAGGUCCACAGAUAACAGAAAGCGAGAGGACACUGACGAUCUGCCGCACUACGGGUACCCUGCACCUCAAAUAGGUGAUCCUGCAGCAGAGGAGUGGUCCCCAUGGAGUGUGUGUUCAACUACCUGCGGAGAGGGCUGGCAGACCAGGACCAGGUUCUGUGUGUCGUCUUCCUACAGCACUCAGUGCAGCGGCCCUCUCCGGGAGCAGAGACAAUGCAACAACUCUGCCGUGUGCCCAGUGCACGGCACCUGGGAUGAGUGGUCUCCGUGGAGCCUGUGCUCUUCCACGUGUGGGAGAGGAUACCGGGAUCGGACCCGCACAUGCAAACCUCCUCAGUUUGGUGGGAACCCUUGUGAGGGCCCAGAAAAGCAAACAAAGUUCUGCAACAUUGCACUUUGCCCAGGCCACUCAGUGGACGGCAACUGGAAUGAGUGGUCGAGCUGGAGCUCGUGCUCUGCCUCCUGCUCCAACGGCACCCAGCAGCGGACAAGGGAAUGCAACGGGCCCUCCUAUGGUGGAGCAGAGUGUCAGGGACACUGGGUGGAGACCAGGGACUGUUUCCUACGGCAGUGUCCAGUGGAUGGUAAAUGGCAGGCAUGGGGCGUCUGGGGAAGCUGCACCACCACGUGUGGAGGUGGGACUCAGAGACGUGACCGUGUGUGCUAUGGGCCUUUCUUUGGUGGAGCGACUUGCCAGGGGCCCAAGGAAGAGUAUAAACAGUGCAAUGACAGGAAAUGUCCUGAGCCCCAUGAAAUCUGUGAUGAGGAAAACCUUGCCUCUGUGGUAUGGAAAGAGACGCCUGCUGGGGAUGCUGCAGCUGUCCGAUGUCCACGCAAUGCUACGGGGCUGAUCCUUCGAAGAUGCACUUUAGAUGAAGAAGGGAUAGCUUACUGGGACCCUCCAACAUACAUCAAGUGUGUUUCUAUUGAUUACAGAAACAUACAGAUGAUGACCAGGGAACAUCUUUCCAAAGCUCAACGUGGCUUGAUGGGGGAUGGACUGUCGGAUGUGCUCCAGAACCUUGUGGAAAUCUCUCAGGAUGGGACCAGCUACAGUGGGGACUUGCUGUCUACCAUCGACGUACUCAGGAAUAUGACAGAGAUCUUCCGUAGGGCUUAUUACAGCCCAACUUCUGGGGAUGUGCAGAACUUUGUCCAGAUCAUCAGCAACCUGUUAUCAGAGGAAAACCGUGACAAAUGGGAGGAAGCUCAGCUGACAGGGCCAAAUGCCAAGGAGUUGUUCAGGCUUGUGGAGGAUUUCAUUGAUGUCAUUGGCUUUCGCAUGAAAGAUUUCCGGGAUUCCUACCAAGUGACAGACAAUCUGGUCCUCAGCAUUCACAAACUGCCUGCUCACGCAGCAACUGACAUCACCUUCCCCAUGAAAGGCUGGAGGGGCAUGGUGGACUGGGCCAAGAACUCUGAGGACAAGGUCACCAUAUCCAAAAGCAUCCUCUCUUCGGGGCUGGCAGUGACAGACGAUUCCUCCGUCUUCGUGGUGGGGACUGUUCUGUACCGCAACGUGGGCAGCAUCCUCUCCCUCCAGAGGAACAGCACUGUUGUCAACUCCAAAGUCAUCUCUGUGACUGUGAAGCCAUUUCCCAGGUCUCUCCUUACCCCCUUGGAGAUUGAAUUCUCCCAUCUGUACAAUGGAACAACCAACCAGACCUGCAUCCUGUGGGAUGAAGCUGACAGAUCCUCCGCCUCCUCCUCCUCCUCGCCGCUCGGCGCCUGGUCCUGGCGCGGCUGCCGAACGGUCCCGCUCGACUCCUUCCGAACUAAAUGCCUCUGUGACAGACUCGCCACCUUCGCCAUCUUAGCCCAGCUCAGCCCAGACAUGAACAUGGAAAAGGUGCUGGUCCCUUCUGUCACGUUAAUUGUAGGCUGUGGAGUAUCUUCGCUGACACUUUUGCUGUUGAUUAUCAUUUAUGUCUCUGUUUGGAGGUAUAUCCGCUCAGAGCGCUCUGUCAUUCUUAUCAACUUCUGCCUAUCCAUCAUUUCCUCCAAUGCUCUCAUUCUGAUUGGACAAACUCAGACCCGGAAUAAGGUGAUCUGCACGCUGGUGGCAGCUUUCUUGCACUUCUUCUUCCUCUCCUCUUUCUGCUGGGUGCUGACAGAGGCCUGGCAGUCCUACAUGGCCGUGACGGGCCGGUUACGGAACCGCAUCAUCCGCAAGCGUUUCUUGUGUCUCGGAUGGGGGCUUCCUGCCUUGGUGGUUGCCAUUUCCGUGGGAUUUACUAAAGCCAAGGGAUACGGCACCGUCAACUACUGCUGGCUGUCAUUAGAGGGAGGUCUUCUCUAUGCCUUCGUGGGACCUGCUGCUGCUGUUGUUUUGGUGAACAUGGUUAUUGGCAUUCUGGUUUUUAACAAACUUGUAUCCAAAGAUGGAAUAACAGAUAAGAAACUGAAGGAACGGGCAGGGGCAUCUCUUUGGAGUUCCUGCGUGGUCCUACCUCUCCUGGCUCUGACCUGGAUGUCUGCAGUCCUGGCAAUCACGGAUCGGCGGUCAGCACUCUUCCAGAUCCUUUUUGCUGUCUUUGACUCACUGGAGGGUUUCGUCAUCGUGAUGGUCCAUUGCAUCCUAAGGCGAGAGGUCCAAGAUGCUGUCAAGUGCCGAGUUGUGGAUCGUCAAGAAGAGGGCAAUGGAGACUCUGGAGGGUCAUUUCAGAAUGGACAUGCUCAGCUAAUGACCGAUUUUGAGAAGGAUGUGGAUAUGGCUUGUAGAUCAGUGCUGAAUAAAGACAUCACCACCUGCAGGACCUCAACCAUCACAGGAACACUGAAGCGUCCAUCACUGCAGGAUGAAGAGAAAUUGAAACUCAAUCACCAGAAGGGGUCAUCAAACUUCAACAGUCUUCCAGCCAAUGUCUCCAAAAUGCAUCUUCAGGGCUCACCUCACUACCUAGGGGCCAUCAACCUGAAUGAAUUCAGCAAUCACACACUGACCUUGAAGAAGGACAAGAACCAGCCACCCAAGUCUAUUUACAUCUGCGAUGGGGACAUCUUCAAGAAGCUGGAUUCAGAACUCUCCCGGGCACAAGAGCAAACACUGGACACCAGCUACGUAAUUCUGCCUACCAACACAUCUACUUUACGGGCCAAACCACCCAAGGAUGAGAGCAAAUACAGCAUCAAUAUUGACCAGAUGCCCCAGACACGGCUCAUCCACCUCAGUAUGGCGACUGACCCCGGCUUUGUUGUCAAGAGUCCCCCUCGAGAGCCCGUAACCAUGACAUGCAGUGAGGUGCAAGGUUCCUCCAUGAUACAACAGCAGCAGCAGCUGCCUCCACCAAACAUCUCCAACGAGACACAGAUUCCCAACAGCUUGUGUGACAUGGGUGACUCAGGGAACUCAGGUGUAGUGUCCAAGAGCGAGACUGUCUCCACCCUCUCCAUGAGCUCUUUGGAGAGGCGGAAAUCUCGGUAUGCAGAGCUAGAUUUUGAGAAAAUCAUGCACACAAGAAAACGUCACCAAGACAUGUUCCAAGACCUGAACAGAAAACUGCAGCACGCAGAGAAGGAGAAAGAGUCGCCAACAACGGACAGUAAGCAAGAGAAACAGCAGACACCAAACAAGAGACCCUGGGAAGGAAUCAGGAAAGUCCAGUCUCCGCCGUCAUGGGUUAAAAAGGACAUGGAACCUGUGGCACAGUCUCCCUUAGAACUCAAAACUGUGGAGUGGGAGAAAACAGGGGCCACCAUCCCGCUGGUGGGACAAGACAUUAUUGACCUUCAGACGGAGGUCUGAGCGGAAAAAGAGAGAAAGGGACUGCUAUUUUUUU